GGGAAGAAGACAUCCUGUUGCAGCUGAGCCCAGCCAGCCAUGAGUAGMAGUGCUUUUGCGUCGACCUGUGUAUGGUGCAGUCUUUUUCUCCGCAUCCUCAGUCCUGUUGAAGUUUGUGCACAGCCCUGCAACUGCAAGCAAUCAUUCAUCAGUGCAGCUAAGGUUAGCGCAUACGUUCGUGUGUGAAUUUCAGAUAAAAGUAUAUUGCUGAGAAAAGACCGCAAUGGAAGGGUGGAAGAGUCACGUGCGCGCUAGACUGUUCCAGAGAGAUUGUACACAAAAGGACCCCUUCAGUGGUAUCUUCAACACCUUGUCCAAACUAGCGCAUCAGCUUGACUUACGGGAUACACUUUGGGAUGAGGUACAGASACCCAGUUCUGAAGGAGAUGUUGGGCUGACGGUUGACCACAGAGAACUAUACCUCCAGCUCAGAGAGAGUGAACAUAUAACAGAAAAGCUCUCUCAGACAGUCUCUGACCUGACCACCGUCAUGUACCUGAAAGAUGCWGAGCUUCAAUACUGCCACUCACAAGUCUCCCGCUAUCGGAAGGAAGCUGUCACUCAAGCCAGGGAGGCCAACCUUCUGCAGGCCAGCCUAUCAGAGUUUGAGUUUGCAUUGGCGAGCCAAUCAAAGGAGUUGGCAGCCCUGCGGUUGGAGCAGCGGGAGCUGAAGGAGGGGCUUGCAGCAGCCUGGAGAGAGAAAGAAGAGCUUCUGGAGCGAUGGAUGGAUGAGAAGAAGGAGGAGGCGGAGAGGGUGAACAGGCACAAUGACACACAGGAAAGGUGGCAUCGUUUCACCCGGCGACUCAACAAGCAUCACCGUAGAGAGAUGCUGCGACCAGGUGAGCAGACCAACUCCUGGACGACUGGUAGGCCUACAACUGAACCAGCAACCACCAUACAGACAGUGGCAGGCACACUCUUGUGUCCCAACUAAUGUCAAUGUCUGCUUUGAUCAGAGGAGGGUGGUGCACACUGCCCAGGAUGGACCUUGACCUUUUUUACCAAAAGCCUCCUGUACUGAAACACUCCUUCCUGUUACACACUGAAAAAACUAGACCUUGAAUGUGACUUAUUUUUUUUGUAUACAUUGAAGGAUAUUUGAAUGUGGGCUUUUAAUCAAUACUGWUGUGAAUUUCAGAUACUGUAUGUAUAGGCUGGUAAAUUAGUACCCAAGACCUAAGUCAAUGUUUUCAAAUACCAUGAGAAUAAAGUAACUGUUCAGUCA